UUAACUUGAACAGAUCAAAUCCAUUGAACAUCGGGUCCUUUUGUUUAGUCCAGUUGGGUAGUUUUGGAAAUUGCGUCUUCUUGUGGGUUUAUAUUUUGAUUGUUUAUCUUUCACAACUGAAAACUGCUCUAUUGAUUUAGAUCACCCAAAUCCCAAGUAGUGAUUCCAAGAUCAGGUGAUAUAAUAAUAUUCAUCCAAAAAUAUAUAAUGAUAUAAUACGUAUGUCAACAAUACUUACCAGGUAGCAGAAAUGGAGGAAGCGAAAGGAGUAGUGAAGCACGUAUUGGUGGCAAAGUUCAAAGAAGAAACCCUACCUGCUCAAAUCGAUGAACUCAUCAAAGGGUACGCCAAUCUCGUCAAUCUUAUUGAACCCAUGAAAUCUUUCCACUGGGGGAAGGAUGUGAGUAUUGAGAACCUGCAUCAGGGUUUCACUCAUGUGUUUGAGUCCGCCUUCGAGAGCACAGAAGGGAUUGCUGAGUACAUAGAUCACCCUGCGCAUGUUGAAUUUGCCAAUUUGUUCCUGCCCGUUCUGGAGAAAUUUGUGGUGAUUGACUACAAACCCACUACUGUUUCUUUCUAGAUUCAAAAGGGUAUUCUAAAUCUAUCAGGUUUUCUGCCAUUGGUGUUUGCUUUCUGCUUCAUUGAAUAAUAGACGGAUAACGAAGGAGAGAGUAAUUAGUAGGCAAAAUGAAUAAAUUGGAUAAACUCCCUUUUGAGGGUUUUAUGUGAUUCUUUUUAGUUUGAUUUGGUGAAGGGGUUUAACACUUGUAUGCCAAAGCCUUGUUGUCUUGAUUAAGGGAGGCUUGAAUAAAUUGUAUUAUUCUAGUAUGUAAAAUGUGAUCUUUUUCCAGGGUCUGUUUGCUUCAUUUUACUUAAUUGGCUUUGGCCAAUAAGGAUUCGAUUAUUAGGGUCUUGGAAUUUAAAGCAAAA